UCUGCCCCAAUGCAUCUUGGGAUAAAGAAGGUUCUAUCGUCGUUUUUGUCGUCAGCAGUGCUCUAGCGUGAAAUGAGUUUAAUUUUUUGUAAUUUGUCGACUAUUUCUGUGGAAUAGAAAAAGUAAAAAUAGCAUUGUCCAAAAGAAAUAUAAAUCGAUUUUGCGGGAGUGACUAGUCCGUUGAGAACAUGGGUGCUGAUAAAAGGAUCAGUCGGACUGAGCGUAGCGGUAGAUAUGGUUCAGAGCAGUCCCGUGAUGAUCCAGACUGGCGAGACAGACGGGACAGAGAUCAAGAGCGUGAUCACAACUCACGGCGCUGGAGUGAAGAGAGGCGUGAUCGUUAUGAUGGAGACCGCAGAGGACCACGAGACAGUCCAGAGCAAAGAGAGAGGAAACGGCGGAACAGUGAUAGAUCAGAAGAUGGUUAUCACUCAGAUGGUGACUAUCAAGAGCAGGAUUAUAGACGUGAACCAGGGGAUGAGAAGAAGAGCAAAACUAUCAUGCUUGGGGGAUUGUCUUCUCACACUACUGAGGAGGAUAUUCGUUUUGCCAUUGACCAACUCGAGGGACCCCAGCCAGUAGAUGUCAGACUGAUGAAAAAGAGAACAGGUAUAAGCCGUGGUUUCGCCUUCGUGGACUUUUAUCACUUGCAAGAUGCUACCAGAUGGAUGGAGACCAAUCAGAAACGUCUGGUCAUCCAAGGCAAAGUUGUGGACAUGCACUACAGUCACCCUAGAAACAAGUACGAAGACUGGCUCUGCAACACUUGUGGCCUGUACAAUUUCCGGAGGCGGUUGAAGUGCUUCAGGUGUGGAGCAGCCAAAGUCGAGGGUGAGGCGAGCAGCGUCACUGGGCUCCCUGAUCUUCAACCCACUGGAGAUUUUUAUGGAGACACAAUCAUCUUGAGAAACAUUGCUCCUCUGACCACAGUGGAAGCCAUUUUGACAGCACUGGCACCUUACGCCAAUUUGUCAUCCAAUAACAUUCGCCUUAUUAAGGACAAGCAAACAGGCCAGAACAGAGGAUUUGCUUUUGUGCAGCUGUCCUCCCCUCUGGAGGCUUCCCAGCUGCUAACCAUCUUACAGGGGUUGCAGCCUCCCCUGAAACUGGAUGGGAAAACGAUUGGUGUGGAUUAUGCCAAGAGUGCUAGAAAGGACCUUUUACUACCUGAUGGGAAUCGUGUCAGUGCUUUUUCUGUUGCCAGCACAGCUAUUGCAGCAGCACAGUGGUCAUCAGCUCAGCCACAGCAGACCUCAGAUGGGAUGUCAGAGUAUGCCUGUCUGCAAGAAGGAUACGCUCCUCUGUCGCAGGACUAUCAGACAUACUAUCAACAAGGUGCAGCAGCCAGCACUUGUCAGGGAAAUGGAAUCCUGGGAGCCGCUCCAGGUGUAAAGCUUGUUCCUGCUGCCGUUGUGAUAUCACAGAGUCCACAAGUCUACCAACCACAUAUCAUUGCACAAGCUGCUGUACAGGCAGGACUCGCAGUUGACUCUGUGGCUGCUUUGGCUGUAGCUGCUGCUCCUGUUAGUGGAGCCAGCGUAGUACCAGCCUCUGGACACAUGGCGGAGAGCACCAGUGGUGUUGUUCCUGAUACAUCUACCUACCAAUAUGAUGAGUCUUCUGGCUAUUAUUACGACCCUCAGACUGGCCUCUACUACGACCCAAAUUCACAUUAUUAUUACAAUACUCUGACUCAGCAGUACCUGUACUGGGAUAGUGAGAAACAGACAUAUGUACCUGCCUCUGCCAACAUAAACCCAGGACAGAAUGAUGAAACAGCAAAUCGCUCAGCAGGAGGCAACAAGGAGCCUAAAGAGAAAAAAGAGAAGCCUAAGAGCAAGACUGCACAGCAGAUUGCUAAAGACAUGGAACGGUGGGCUAAAAGUCUCAAUAAGCAGAAAGAAAACUUCAAAAGUAGCUUUCACCCCAUUAGUCAAGAAGAUAGGAAGGAGGCAGCAGCUGCUGAUGCUGGAUACACAUUGUUUGAAAAGAAGCAGGCAGGUCUAGACAGACUCAUGCAAGAGGUGGCGAGGUGCGCUGAAGAGGAAGCUCUUCCCAUAAGCUCUGCCGGUUCUUCCAAGUGUGGCCUGGUGGCAGCCUACAGUGGAGACAGUGAUCCUGAGGAAGGAGGAGGAGGAGUAGAACCUGAUGGUGGAGACAUGAGUCAGGACAAGCUCACAGACUGGACAAAGAUGGCUUGUCUACUGUGCAGGAGACAGUUUCCUAACAAAGAGGGUUUGAUGCGACAUCAGCAGCUCUCUGACCUUCACAAGAAAAAUCUAGAAGUUCUCCGCAGAUCCAAAAUGAGUGAAGCAGAGCUGGAAGAGCUAGAAAGGAAAGAAACAGAGCAAAAAUACAGGGACAGAGCAGCAGAGAGGAGAGAAAAAUACGGCAUCCCAGAACCACCAGUGCCUAAAAAGAAGAAAUUCAGCCAGCCAGCAACAGUCGUGAACUAUGAACAGCCGACUAAAGAUGGUCUUACCAGUGAUAAUAUUGGGAACAAAAUGCUGCAGGCCAUGGGCUGGAAGGAGGGGAAAGGUCUUGGUCGCAACCAGCAGGGCAUCACAGCUCCAAUAGAGGCACAGCUACGAACUAAAGGAGCUGGACUUGGCACCAAGGGUACCAAUUACACCCUAUCGGCUUCGGAUACAUACAAGGACGCAGUCCGAAAGGCCAUGUUUGCCCGCUUCACAGAAUUGGAAUGAGUUGUUUUCCAACUAGACUGUUGAUUUGAUCUGUGAAAUAUCUGCUAAAACAUCGCAGAGGACAUAAUGGACUCUUGUUAAAUAAUUUCACUCCCUGUAUGAUUCAUAAUGGUUAUUCUUCCUGUCACACAAAGGGACCAUCCAGUGAAAUUUGUUAAUCUUACCUGAGUUUGUAAAUGAUAUAAUUUAUAAGUUGUACAUAUGCAUAGUGAAUUGCCUUUGUUUUACUUAGCUUUUUUUCAUAAUUUGAUCUGAGUUUGUCUUGGCAUGUUAUGACUGUACAGUUUAUACAAGAUCUUGUCAAAGUGUAAAGAAAAUAAACAAGAUUUAAGUUGGGAUCAUUA